AUGGCACCUGGAUCAGUUCGGAAUUCCAAGAAAUACAUACCAAACAACUCUCGACAAAGUCUCCUAAGUCACUUGACCAUGACAAAUACUUUAGCAGAUUCGAUACCUCGCAGAAGUAUCACGCGACAAUUUGAGAAGACAAAUGUGGGACCGGAGAAGGCAAAUGAGGGAUUGGAAACAGGUAAAGCAAAUAAUGAUUCAUCUAUAGGAGGUGAAACUACUAUAACGACUCACACGUUGGAGGGUGACAACACGACGCAUGUCGUUUCAUCAACUCAAUCUCCUCAAACUCAACAGAAUGAGAGCAGCUCUCUAGAUACUCCUUCAACUGAAGGAACUCUGAAUCCUCCAUUACCUCAAGCUUCAAGUUGCUCCAGUAAGAAAAAACGUGGACAAACCAUGGGCAAGAGCAUUAUAAAGACAUUUGAGGCUUCAGGGAAAAAAAUGAAAAUAACUGUGGACCCAAUGAUAGGAAGACCUAAAAAUAGAGUGGAGUCAGCAAAGUUCUCGAGUCAAAUUGGUGUAGUAACUCGAGAUGUCCUUCCGGUGCCAAAAAAGUGGAAAGACGUGGAUGAAAAAGGUCUUGAACCUGGCAUUGACCAUAUAAAGAUCCACAUGGAUGUUAACUUGGAAGAUACGGGAGUGAAACGAUGCGUGAUUGAUAGACUGCAAUCUAGUACACGCCAAAAACGCUAUAGGCUCCAUCAACAUUACAAGAAAUAUUCAUCCCUUGAAGAAGCUAAGAAUAACAAGCCAUCUUUUUGUGCGAAUAAACAAAACUGGGAAGAAUUGUGCGAGCAUUUCGCCUCACCUAAAUUCAAGUCUCAGAAGGAGUUGAACGGAGGACCUUGUGAUAUGCUUGAACUCUAUAAGCGUACGCAUUAUACAGACAAAGGUGGCUGGUCAAGUAAAGAAGCAGAAGAGAAUUGGGACUUGAUGAUUGCACGGAGAGAAAAAUAUACAGAACAAGGUGUUGAGAAGAGCGAACAAGAUAUUCUUCUUGAGGUUCUUGGCCAUGGAUCUGGUUAUAUAAAAGGCUAUGGUUACGGCCCAAGGCCUCCAAGUAGACGUUCAUCAUAUGAUCUGAAUAGCCAGAAGGAGAAGGAGCUUCAAGAUACGCAUGAAAAGUUGCAAAAAUCAGAAUCUGAAGUGAUUGAGCUUAAAGAACAAGUCAGUAAUUUGAAAGACCAAUUGAGUCACCAAGGUGCAGAUAUUGCAAAGAUUAUGGCUUCCAUGGCUGCCAGCGGGACUAGUCUAUGAGCUAAGAAAGCUUCAUGUGCCGAUUUUCAUCUAUGACUGAAUGGAUUUAGCAACAAGACGAAUCAGAUUAGUUUUUCGAGGUGCACAAAUAGAAGAAAGACAACCAGCUCGAAAGGGAAUGCUUUGUUUCUUUCUCUAAGUUCUAAAUCAGACUAUUGUUUUUCGGGAAUGCUUUGUUUCUU